GGCCACAAAGCGCCGAACGGCAGGACUGGAGGAGUCCAACACUCCGGGCACUCGCACGUUUUCGCCGUGCGUCAGCGUCGCUGUCUUUGAGCUAGUGUAGGAUCGGCAGUGUGCGGCCGUCUCGUGAAUUUUCCACCUACCGCGUUUCUCCGCCACGACUCGAGCCCCAGCUCACGAAAUCAAACAUGGCCGCCGCCUCCGCCGCUUCCUGCGCCGCGCCGCCGCGCCGGCUCUGCUCUGCCACGGCGCUACCGGCUCCCUCCGCCGUCGCCGCCGCCGCGGCGCCCGGCCGCCGAAGGGUCGUCGGCUAUGGUUCUUCCUCCUCCGCCCGCCGGUGGCCGUGCCGCCGCUGGGCCCACCGGCCGGAACCUGCCGCGUCCCGGAUCCGCCGGCCGCCGCUGCGGCGCCCGGCGGCGGCGAGGGUGAGCUGCGCCUAUUCCACCGGCGCUGAAACAAUAACCGCGUGCUCUUGGAACGAAUAUGUGAUAUGCAGUGAUGUACCUGUGCUUAUUGAGUUUUGGGCCUCGUGGUGUGGACCUUGCAGAAUGGUCACCCGAAUUGUCGAUGAGAUAGCACAAGAAUAUACUGGAAGGAUAAAAUGUUAUAAGCUUGACACUGAUGAUUACCCGCAGAUUGCAACAUCUUACAGUAUCGAGAGGAUUCCAACUGUUUUACUCUUCAAGGAUGGAGAGAAAAUACAUAGUAUUACUGGGACUCUGCCAAAAGCUGUUUAUGUGAGAGCCAUUGAGAAAUCUAUCACAGAACAAUGAUCCGUUUGAUUAGAGAACAUGAUAGUAUUCUUUGGUCCAGAUUUAUAUCACGCAUACUUGGUAUUAAUACCAGAUACUGCAGAGAGCACUGAAGGUAAAUUUGGAGUUUACAACAUGAGCAUCUUACCUAUAAGUUUGGGACUGCUGGUGAUCCUUUUGCUAUGCCAUAGCAGUGUAAAUAUAGAUGUAAUUCUGAAAAGCCAGAUUGUUAUUUUUUUAUUUUUACUUCAAAGGCUGUAAUGUACAAUUGUUGUCAUUGAUGUGACACCGGGCAGCAUAUUUGAGCCCUUCAGAAACAUCUUAUUAAAUGAAGUCAAGUUAAGAUUGUCCUCA